UAAGUGUGGGAUAAAUUGUCUUGCUAGGCAUACUAAUUUCACUUUACUGGAGGGAGAGACUUACUUCCCUACCUUCGAGAUGGUCACAAAAGUAUCACAAGCCAAUUUUUUUGAUGAAUGAACCUUAUCUGACCUUCCUUGUGCUCUAUCCUUCUUUAACCAAUACGUAGGGGUUGGAGAUUAGGCCUCUCUAAAUAAACUUGACUGAAUCAUGUUUUCUAAGGUGUUAUGCUACACUACUAAGAUAGUCACCUGUGUUUAGAGUGACUGAUCUGAGCUGCUUGUCCUCAAUAAAAACACCUGUUUUCUGCAGCAUACAUCCCAUCUUUGUUUCCUUAUCAAAACUGUAGGUCAGAACACAGCUUUUUGUAAUCAGUUCAUCAUUUGACAGCCGAUAUCCCCGUAGUUUAGAUGGAUAAGGCAAGGCGAAGAUGUGGGAGUGUGAUGGCGUGAAAUAACACCAGAAUAUGCACACAAAGUGAUUAAUGCUGGACAGGCUUAGAACUGCCACGUUCAUAUACUGAUCUUAUUUCCUCUCUUCUUCCUGGUUAGACAGGUGCAGUGGCUAAUCAUGCUGCCCAAGUGUGGGCGAGUAGAAGUAAGCUGGGACUGCAUCUCUCUCUGUUGACACCUCCGCAGAUUCAGCGUGAAGCUGAGAGAGAGAGAGCAACUCAGACAUGCAGACUGCACAAACGGAAAGAUGAGGACAGAGGGAGUUAGAGAGAAAGGAGCGAAAGAGGCUGAUAUAUUUGACCGUGUGGGUGUGUGAAGUCUCGAGGCAUGCAUCAUAAUCCUGGCUUCUUUUUCUCAGAGCAGCUGGACAAGGCACUACAUUAGCAAGCCAUUGGUGGUCUUUCAUAAGGUGCUGCCUCAUACUUUUGAGCAAUCAGAGUUGAGAGGAAAGACAGCGAGAACAUGGAAACUGCUUUGUUCUUGCUGCCUUGAGGACUUCGUUAAGGAAAAAUUCUGAAAAUAUGAUUUAAGUCAUGUCCAGAAAUGUUACAUGGGAGAUGUUGAAACAUCUACAUUAUAAGUAACCAAGAAAUCAAGUCAGGAAUUCAUCUGAGAUGGCUGUCAACCCUAUUGCCAUCUUCCUCCUGACUUUGAUCAGUUGCGGCUCAUCCCAGCCUACUCCUCCUCCUCCCCGGGGAUGCAGCGUGGGCAUAGAACCCACCUACAGAGUGCUCUGCGACCUGGAGGCAGUCUGGGGUGUCGUACUGGAGGCAGUGGCCUGCUGUGGUGGCCUCGCUUCUUUGGUUCUUGCAGUGCUAAUGAUCGUCAAGAUGCGUGUGGUUUCUGACCCAGCCCGAAGGUCUGGUCUUGGUCCUCUGCUCCUGCUCUUGGGGACUCUUCUAGGAAUCUUCACUAUCUCUUUGGCUUUCCUGGUGGGGAAGACCCAGGUCCUCUGUGUGGUUCGCAGGGCCUUCUGGGGACCCCUCUUUGCUCUCUGCUUCUCCUGUUUACUCGUGCAAGGAGUGAGGCUCAGGAGGCUGGUGGCUGGAAAAUCAAGUCCAUCUGGGAGCACACUGGCAGCGCUUGGACUGGCAUUGGCUUUAGUUCAGGGGAUUAUCUCUGCUGAAUGGGUUCUGUUGACUGUGGUCAGAGAGGGUCACCCAGCAUGUGAGUACCCUCCUUUAGACUUUGCUCUGAUGUGUAGUUACACUCUAGGCCUGCUCCUCAUUGCCAUGGGCCUCUCUCUCGGAGUGGUGCUGUGUGGAGGAGAAUUUGGAGAAGAUGGAGGAGACAGCAGAGAAGAAGACAGAGAAGGAGAACACGAAAAGCGAAGAUGGAAAUGUAAUGCCGUCUGGGUCUUUCUGUCCAGUCUGGCUUCCGCAUUGCUUUGGGUGGCCUGGCUGGGGUUUUAUCUUUAUGGCAGCCAGGUGCUGAGAGGAAAAGGGAGCAGGGAAAGAGGAGGAAACAAAGAUUCAAAAGUAUUGGAUGAGCCUGCAUUGGCUGUCGCCUUGGUGAUUCAGGGCUGGAUCCUGCUGCUGUUCCACGCUAUUCCAGAGGCCCACCUGUGUCUCCAGAGCCCAACACAAUCUGACACACAAGAUUUUUUUGACACUAGUCGUGCAUCGCCUGCUCCUCAUUACGGAGAAGAACACCCUACGCAUUCUCACCAGUCUUUUCAAGAAAACCAAGCCUUUUCAAUGGAAGAGCACAGCGCAACUGUCCGAAGUGGAACAUACCACAGCAGCCAUGGCAGCAUGCGCCCAGGCAUCGCCUUCAGGGGCCAUGUUUACCAACCAACUGAGAUGGCUUUGGUCAUGAACGGUGGGACGAUGCCUACAGCACCCAUUAACUACACUGGAAGACGUCUAUGGUAGAACAGAGGAGGACUUACAUGGGUUACAAUUUCUGAUGCUGAAGUGUUUCCCCGUUUCCUAAAAAGAAAAUGUAGAAGUGUUUUAUGUGUUUGUGCUAUGGCCAAUGUUUUCAAAUGAUGUUUUUGAAACAAGUAGAAUUAACUGUUUUGUCAUAGAAUUUGGCAGAAGGACAAAUCAUUAAGAGCAGGAA